AUGAUAGAGAGAUACUGCAAAUGUGACGAAUCAGAGGAUGAGGAUCAAUGUGCAAUUAGUAUCAAGUGGAAAUAUAUGCGUAGCAGUCGACGAUGGUCACGACGAAUGACUGGCGAGGAGUUCCCUGAACUUGAACUGUCAACGUCCCCCCCUGCAGACUCAAACACAACUCACAUUCACACACAUUCUCGGCUAAACAGCAGCCACGAAAGUGUCACAACAACAGAUAGUGAGCGAAACGAAGGAUACACAAGCACAAGUAGCUUUGAGAGCCCUGCUGUUGUAAAGAAAGUGUAUGUGAAGCGCUUUCAGGAGAUAGCCUCAUCUCCAUCGAGUCAGAGCUUGCCGGUUUCUAAUAGCGAAUAUAAAACCUCCACGCCCAUCGGAUCUGAUGGAAAUAUGAACGGACCUCGAAGUGCUAUCAUUCAGAUCUCAUCCCCAAUCUCAGUACGGAAAGAUCCAUCGUCUGAUCUUAAUGGACUGCACAGUAGCAGAGACCACAUGAAGGGUGCCAAAAGUUUCUUGAAGCGGUUGGACAGCCUCAAAGGCAGGAGAGGUGGAAGCCAGAGGCGUAAGCACAAGUCAGGAGGGGAUACGCUGGAAAUUAGCGGACCUAUCGUGCCAGACAAUGGCACCUUGCAGCGUAAGAUUGAGUUAUUUAAAUGUGUGGACUUACAGUCGGCAAAGGCCAAGUCCUGCAGGUAUCCGGCCAAUUCACUGGUGACACCACCAGCCAAAAGGCGGAGAAACCCAAAUGGACGGUCAGACAAUACCUCAAAGAGGAUGGGAAGGGUGUUUUCGGAGCCCAGUUCACCCACGAUACACAGGAAAUUCAGUUUUGAUGUGUCCAAAGACCUGGAAGAAGCAUUGGCCAAGAAAAUUAAUAACAACAAUGAAAGCAAAAGUUGUGAGGAUGUGUUUAUGAAUGACAUGGAUGAUGUGUGCUUGGACACCAGGGAUAAUCGCAUCCCGUCUGAGAGGAGUUCCAAUGUUACGGGUACGACGGGUCGCAGCUUACUGAGCAGUAGUAGUAAUGAUUCCUGGCCAGGGCAUUAUGAAGGUGAGUCUGAUGACUGGGCUUCACAUAGACUUAUCACAUCACCUUUCAACAGCCUUGAGGAUGAUGAUGAGCAUACUCCACAUCGGCUACGUAGCCCUAGCAUGUACGACAACAUGCCACCGGCACUUCAUUCGAGCCUGGAUAAUCUACCCAAUGCUGAGAUUGAAGUGGCCGAAACAGAACUCAUGCGACAAAUAUACAAUCUGAAGAACAUUGGGCAUUUGAACGACCCACUCGUGGUUGCGCCAUCGACGCGGCGGAGCGUGAGCAUCUCCACUUGCGAGGACAUUGGCGACUCUCGUGGCUCGCUCAAUAGAACGAACAAUAAUCUUAAUCCGGAUGUAGAAACAGAGAAAUUGGACAUCCUUACAAACAUCAGUAAAAUCCUCAUGAAGGAGAAGGAGCUUGUUGUUGAACCCAGAGGUGCGGACGUUGUUGCUUCAAAGCCAGCUGCCAAGAGGGACCGAAGCAACAGUCUCCCCAACGCUGGACCGGAGGGUAUCAGGGAGAGCAUGCUGAGCAAUGAGGUUGAUCUGGAACUUGAAGCUGAAGUGAUGGGUCUGAGCUCAGAGCUGGAGAGACUACUCACAGGGAUUAAUGAGAGUAUUCAUGAAUUGGAAUUAAACAUUAAGAAAACAGAAGACAGCAGUGCCUCCACGGCAUCAUCACAGAUCUCCUCUCCAGUCAACUCCCAGGUAUCCUCCCCCUAUGGCUCACCCCUCCCCUCCCCCAUGACCACACCCGACUUCAACCUCAACAAACGAGAGGUUGAGCAACAGGACGACACAGGUGUCGGCCUCUCUACCGGCCAGGACACUGCCAGUGAGCACGACACGCCCGCAUCGAACGAGGAAGAUGAUGAGGAGGAGAGGACAAAGUCGCAGGAGACGACGAUUAGCAUCAAGACAGGCAGCGGGAAGUCUCCGUGGAAGGAGAGGAGAGACUCCGGUGUGGGGAACUCCCUGACGAGACCCAACAGGUAAGCUUUGUCUCUAAUCUCUUACUCUCUACAAGAAGGAACAUGCAGAAGCCUCUGCUUUUUAAGAAAUAUACGCUUAAACCUUGUGACACUGAUUUGCAGUGGAAUGGAUUUAAUGGAAGAACCUCUCUGAUUGGUCCCUCGUCAGUGUUUUCAAUAAAAUGCACAUGCAACAGUGAUCCUGAUCGGCCAUGGCUAUUGAGCAAGUGAUUGGACACCUUGAGUUAAGAACCCUGGUUAUGCUCUGAAAGUAGUGUGAAGAGAAUGUUUAAACUUUUGGAGGAUGACAGAUCAAAACAAAUGCAUGGUCCGUUUCAUAAAUGACUUGCAACUGUCGUAACUUUACCAUUAUGGCAACUACCAUACCAUGGUAACAGGGCUCAACAGCCAAUCACAAUCGAGGUUUUCAUGGUAGUUACAGCAUUGGCAAAGUUAAACUCUUCAUGGAACAGGCCCCAGAAGAAUGUUGCCAGAUGCUUGUUUGCUAUCGAUUUGAGAAUCCUCUGUAUCAGUCUCCCUCAAGUGCUUUGUGAUAUCAAAAGGUAGGUAACAUAUUUAAGGAAUGACUUGGAGGAUGACAGCAUCAUCAACUUUGGAGAUAGAUGGAGAGAAUUUAAAGUGUCCUGGCAACUUUGCUUACUAAAAUAGUUCUCAUAGGCCCAGAAUGUUUGUAAACAUUCCCUGCAAUAAGUUGAAUUGAGUUUGAAAUAUGUUGCCACAGAAUUAGAGCUCAGCCUUUCCGACCUUGCACCCACUUCUCCAACAGUUUAUCGUAUCAGGGAUUUAUACUCUCCCGCUGGGCAGCGAUAUUCAGAGUCCUUCCUUACCAGUCACAGCCAAUGCAAUACUUCCACUCAUCCUCCAUGUGGGGGUUCAAUUGGUUAAAUACAUUCUCUGGCGGUUACCAGGAUAGGAUGUUGCAUUUAUCUGACUGGCGGCCUCUCUGCAUGCCCCUAAUGGAUGGCUCUGCAAGUCACCCACUUAUCCCUUAGAACCAGGGAAUAUGUCAAUCUUCCAUGCAGACGAUUUGUCUGAUGAAUUAGUGAUGAACAUUAGGCCAGAUAUAGCUGCCAUCAUCCUCCUCACCUUGCUCGAAAUAUCGCAUAGAACAGAGGCCAUACAUAGAGUGUUAACACUAGUUCUUCAAUGUUAUGGAAUAUGAUUGUUUGAAUAAUCAGAAUUAGUCAUUGACAAAAGAAAGCUGAGAUCUAGUGUAUGUCAUGACCACAAAGUAAUGAAAUACCAUAAAAAACAAUAUUUUCAAUAAGUGAUACAGUGUAUUUCCAAAUUUUAUUUUGCAGUUUUGUGAAAUUUUAUUGAAGUAUAAAAAGUGUUAAGGCUGAGCACAGCUUCAGAUUGGGAGAAAAUUUGAUCAGUAAUAAUUUACCUUCCGUCACGAUUAUCUAAUAAAAAAAUAUUUUUCAUGAUGAAAAAAAUAUAUAUUUUCCCACGCUCUCCUGGUUUUUAGGGAAGAGAAAUACCAAAAAUGAUGGACAAAGGAUGUGGGUAGAUGGCUUUGUUCUUUAUCUACAUUUGCUCUGCAUUAGCGGAGAUGGUAAAACCAUCACGGAUGGUAGUCGGUCAAAACAUCCUUUCUCACCUCACCCUGCUUUAUGAAAUUGAAUCUAUCCUUGAUCAACUCGUCCAUUACCAGACCAGAUGGAUAUGAAUUCAUCCAUACUCUAACCAAACAAAACUUUGUUCAAUAUUAGAUUGAUAAAACAAUUUUCCUCUGAUCUAAAUCUUUGUCAGUCCCGUGAAAAGCCCAGAGGCUAUGUAGUUUUGGCAACUGUUCCAAACUUUUCCUUUUCUUCAAGUGGAUCUUCACCGGAAUGAAGCUGAUGCUUUAGCUUGCUAUCGCUAGUCUGAUCAGAGAAUAUUGGGCUCAUUUGCUGCUGUAUCCCAAUAUUUUGUUAUAAAAUGGUUAGCCCAAAACUUCUUGGAUUUUUUUUCCAGAAAGCCUGCUAAAUCAUGAAUUAGCCUACAAUUUGGCAAGCAUCUUCACCAAACCGAAGUUAAUGUCGAUCCAAUACUGUCUAAUUUAUUGAAAUACAAAUAAAGCUUGGUCUGCUUUGAAGUUGUACACAAUGAAAACUUCACUGCUGGUGCAGAUUAUUUUAGUGUGGACCAGAAAAUCCAAGAAUUACCAAAGAGGGUAUUUGAGCCCAUAGCCUACAUAUUCAGUUCUUUAAAUAUAUGGAAAUACACUUCAGAUAAAUUGGUUUUAGAUAUAUUUGAAUUUGAUAUACAAAUAAUUUCUAUUAUUAGAAACCAUUUUGGAUAUGGAGGUAAUUCUCCCAAUAUCAUGAUAUAGUUAAUACACCCAAAGAUAUGCUUGGCCUAAGAGAUUUGCACAGGAAAUCUGAGCAAUUGGGGGUUGAUGGUCAUGAUGCAUGCCAUAGGUGUCAGAUAUGGCACUUUCAUGUUACGGUGCUUGCAACACUUUGUUGACACUGUAGUUAUCCUGGAAAAUAAGUACACAUAACAUAGCCACGCAGUGUUUACCACAUUGUUGCUGGAUAUGCCCCACCCCCUCCUUGCAAAAACAGCAUAUUAAUUAUGAAAGAUGGACACUCCUAGUUUUGAAUAUGAAUACUUAAUGAUUUAGCCAAUAUAUUUUGAAGGGGUGAAGGCUCGGACAUCAUGUAGGCCCUAAUUCAUCAUUUAGACUGAAUUUGUAGGAGGGAGUGGGGGGAGUUUGUUGAACGAUCUGUGACCUUCCAUCAACCCCCGCCCCCUGCAAGUUUGCCCAUCCCUCGGUCAAUCAUACACCUGCUGUGAGGAGCUAAAAUUGGCCCUCAAGUGCACCCCUAGGAUUGGAGCUGUCAGAUGGAUAAGGGCGCAAUGGCGCACCUCAGAUUUGGACUUGGAGGUGGUGUUUGCAUAAAUCCUUUUUGUACUGAUGUGUUUAUUUCUCUGAUUUUUUUUUUAACACAACUUAACACUGACCAGAUCAUGGAAGUGUGGCUUGAUGCUUGACAUUGGGGAGUCAUUUUUGGUCUACCCAAGGAGAUCUCCUUGGUCUACCAAACCAAGAGUUGAGGAAGCCCUUAAAUAUGGAAAGCAAUCCAUGUCACAUUAUUUUAACAAGUAUCCCUUUGGCAAAGACUGGAGGGAGCAUUCUAAGCAGUCUCAAAAAUAUCAUUCACUGAUUUUGUUUUUAAAACAUGCAUUAGGCUAUUGGCCUAUGAUGAUCUUGCUCGUUUUCUAUUGUUGAAAUAGAUUGGAUCAAUCACAAACCUUUGUUAGAGGAUGCCAAUAUAUUGUAGCUAUAUAACCUCUCAUUUGUGCUAGGCAUGAUGACAAAGCACAUUGUGUUACAAGUUCAUGCAAAAUUAAGUCAGGCUCCUCGGUUUGAGUCAGUGAGAAUUCAGCAAGGGGACGACCUGCAGCUUUCCAAAUCAAAUGAGCUAAACCAGAGAGAUACCGCACACUCUGGAGCACGUCUGGGAAAUUAUAAUAACGAGUGUUUCACUUAUUCUUGCAUGCCCCCCUUCUCUGAUCCCUCAUCGUGGGCAGACAAUGAUUCCUUCAUUCUGUAAAGAGAGGCGACAGUGUAACUUGCCCAGGGUUAUUGGAUUUAUUAAAUCAUUAAGGCAUGUGGAAGACUUUCCUGUGAUGCUUCAGUUUUUAUUCUCAGAAAUUCACUCUGAACUUGUCAUUCUGUCCAAAGACAUUGACCAAAAUAAAGCCGACUUUGAAGUUUGAAAAUCAAGUAGUGAUUUAGAGAAAUUAUGAAAGAUUUGUAACCCAAGUGUCACUUUACACAUGCCCAGGGGCUGUCGCCAUGGAACCAAAUGCUAUAUUUUUUCAAAUAUUCAGGUUUUGACAACUUUACAGAAAUGAAAGUAAUGGGGCUUUUGAUUGAGGGAAAUGCAUUUUUAAAGUGAUGUUGUAUCCCCCCCCCAAAAAAAAAAAAAGUUUGAUCAAAUUUUAUUUCAAAGUAUGUCUUCUGUCUUUUGAAUCAAAGUUUUAUUAACAAUUCCUGAAAUCCUGCAUUACUCUGAGUUAAAUCAGAUGCAUAGUUUAUUCAUUAAAUCAAAUAUGUUUUCUUCUUUCAGCAUUAAAGAACAGAAUGUUUUCAUGUUCCUCUCGGCAGAGAAAUGAAAUUGAAGGUAUCCAGGUCUUUUAAUACAGUUUCCCUCAUAAAUCAUCAAAUGCUAUGAUAAUUAUUUUUAUGCUUAAAUAUUUAUGCAGUUUUGGUGGUUUGAAAAUUAUACUGACCUUGCAAAACUAGACAUUUCAACUCAUUUUAUUGUGGUUUAUUUUUAUCUCACCAUAGAUAUAAAUCAGGGUGUUUCUCCAGGGGAGAGAG